AUGUUCUACUUCCACUGCCCCCCGCAGCUAGAGGGCGCUGCCCCCUUCGGAGGUCACUCCGCCGGAGACUUCGACGACGGGUUCCUGCGCAGGAAGCAGCGCCGCAACCGCACCACGUUCACCUUGCAGCAGCUCGAGGCCCUGGAAGCCGUUUUUGCUCAAACCCACUACCCCGAUGUGUUCACUCGGGAAGAGCUGGCUCUGAAAAUCAACCUCACGGAGGCCAGGGUGCAGGUGUGGUUCCAAAAUCGAAGGGCUAAAUGGAGAAAAACCGAGAGGGGUGCUUCUGACCAAGAGGGCUCUAAGGAAACCAUGGCUGAGGUGGCACCUCCUGCGAGGAAUUUAAAUUCCCCUUCUCCAACAGACCAAACCAGGAAUAAAAAAGAGGGUCUGGAGAUCCAACAGAGCCUGAGCCGAGCAGUGGGUCCUACAGGACCUUUCUUCCCUUCCUGCCUGCCGGGGACUCUUCUCAACACAGCCACCUAUGCACAAGCUUUAUCCCACGUCGCCUCUCUAAAAGGGAGCCCGCUGUGCUCGUGCUGUGUCCCUGACCCCAUGGGCCUGUCCUUCCUGCCCACCUACGGCUGCCAGAGCAACCGCACGGCCAGCGUGGCGGCGCUGCGCAUGAAGGCGCGCGAGCACUCGGAGGCCGUGCUGCAGUCUGCCAACCUGCUGCCUGCCGCCAGCAGCAGCCCCACGCCCCCCGCCAAGCCCGGCCCCGAGGGCGGCCAGGACAAGCAGCCCCCUGCAGCCAAGGAGCACGUGGAGGGCGAGAAGAGCGUAUGAGAGCGGGGUUCUGCCGCCUGUGCCCUGCCGAGGCCUGGACUGCAGUGUGGCCGUGCCCAGUGGGACACCACGGGCCACCAGGGACCCGCACAGCUGAGCGGCCUCUUUGGCUGCCUUUCAUGCACCCCUGCUUUUCUUGUGUCGCUGUAGGUUCAUUUCCCUGAUUUAUCAGCACUAUCUGUGUUUGGAAACUUUGGUGAAACUGUUUUUAUUCCCCCCUUGCCCCAUACAUCCCAGGGACACUGAAAUGAUCCUGGCUUGCUCCUGCACAUCUCAACUUCCCAUCCUGUCUGAAAUGGAUGGUUGGAAGCAGCACAUCACUUCCAGAUAUGAGUUCUGGGGGCAAGAGAUGUACCCAGGCACCAGUUACUCCACCGCUCACAACAGAAGGGAAGGAAUAUCCAGAUAUAUCCCAAUUUGGCCUGCUACUUUCUGAAGGCACUUGACUUCAACCAAACCUAUCCCAGGCAAUCCAGGUAUAAGAGAAGCAGAAAAUAGAACAAAAAUCUUCUUUUUUCAAAAUUCUUCUUUUUUCUUUUCCCUGAAAGUGAAACUUCUCAUGCAUAGAUUACUAGAAAAUUGCUGAGAUGAGUUUACUUGUGACUAAAAUCCUUGCACUAGCCUCUGUGUGAACAUUAGUGAAUUACUCUUGCCAUUUGCUGCAUUAGACAUGAAAAGCACAUGACUUCAGAGUGGCAUUCACAGCUUCAAACAGUAAUGCUGGUAUUUAAUGGAGAGUGAUCUAGAUCUUCACAAAGCUGGGGGUAUUUUGACAUCACUGUCUUGGAAAAAGGGACUGGAAGACAAAAAUAAUCCCUCAUUGCAAGACUGCAAAUAUUUUUUUCCAUGUUUUAUGUUUAAUAAGGAGGAAAUAAAGCUUGGAAGGAUAUUCCUUUAUGCCUUCCAAAUUUACACUAUUCCAUUUACUGAAAGCUUGUUGUAAUGAAUCUAGACAUGAAAAGAUACUAAUUAUUAUAGAUUGGGAACAGUGCAAAGGAGAAAUUGAUGCCUUAUUAAAUUUAGUCUUAUCUCUCACCCAAACCUCCCCAAAGCAAAGCAGACCUAGAUCUGAAGAGCAGUCAUUUUAAUCUCACUUUUUUUUCCAUGGGAACUGUAUGUGAGGGUUUAAGCUUAGGGACAUGGGCUUGAGUUUUCCAGGUGCCAUUUGCAGAUUCCUUAGGCUUGUCCACAGGUGUCCCUGGAGAACAGGCUGAAACCACUUUUCUGAGUUUUUGAUCAAGUAACAUGGAGGCUAGUGGAAGGAUUCCUGUCACCUCUGAUCCUGCACAUUGUGCUAUGGGCCUCCUGAAAUGUGUGGAGCACAGGGUUUGUUUUGCUGUUCACAGCAUCCAGGUUUGGGGAUGUGCUUGGAAAGGCAUUCCUGAGUAAGGUUGGCAGCAGAAUUUUGUCUCCUCCAUGUAAGUGAUUUCAGCCCAUGAAUUUCACAGAAACUGGGAGUUCUCUGGGGCUCACAGGACCCUUUUAUACUGCAUGGUGCCCACCUUCCUUUCCAAGAGGCAUGGCUUGAUGUCAGCACCCACUCCAAGGGUGGGAGCCCUGGGGUUUGUGGGGUCACUUGGCAGCACCCAGCACCAUCACUGUGGAUGUGCCAAGGGUACCAGGCACCCUCAGAGUGGAGUUUUUGUCUUCUGGGCACGAGCCAGCAGAGAGGGCAUUGCUGGGUCUGUCCUUCCAUCAGAGAACAAAAAAGAGUCAGGCAGGGCCCACAGGCAUCAAAUGGAGUAAUUUUAUUGUACUUCUGUCACAUAGUGUGUUUCUUUUGGGGAUUUUUAACUGUCCUAAUGCAGGCAGGGAAACAUACAGUAGCCUUUGUACUUCACCUACAGGAGCUGCUCUGCUGAACUGUGCGUGGAGCUGGCUGCAAGUUAUGGCUUAGCUUAACAACAGCAACAAUGCUUCCACCAAAAUAACAGAUAUCACUGUGUGCUUUAUUGUGGGGUGUGGUUGGAGGAGAGAGGAUCACUAUUUUCUUAGUGAUAUUCCCAAUCAUAUUUUUUUUUCCUCCUUCUUAAUAAAAAGACUAAAAGAAAUAUUCCAGUCCAAAGAGGCAGGCCCAACUUUGUUUCAACAUAAUUACCUUGCAUUCAGUUGAACUUCAGCCCUUCUGUACACUAACUCUUCAAUCUAAUUGUUUGAUUAAACUCGUAUUUCCUCCAGAAAGGUACAUAAAUAAGUGAAUUGUUGAGCAAAUUAAGAAUACUUAACAGCAUUGCAUCUGAAAAGUAGUUACGCUGAUUAAAUUUUCUGUCCUUGAGGAUUUUCAGGAAAUUACUUUUGAUCGUCAAUAACACAAUUAAGUAAACUACACGCACAUUAGCAUGAAUAAUUGAUAAGAAAUUAUGUAUUACCACGAAGCACUGAUUUAAUAAUUCAUGAUGCGACACUCUAGUGACUGUGCAAAACUGGAUAACAUCGACAAGUCUGCCUGAUGUUGCUGGAAAUGCUGCAAAUACAAAGAAGUCCACAGUUUGGUUGUACAAUAAAAGAAAGUAUCUGAUGCAUGCCGUAGUUUCUGUUUGUUUAAUACUUGAAUAAAUUUAGA